AGGCAUAUCAUCCCAAAGGAUCCGAUCGCCAUUGCUCCAGGACUACAAGGCGAGGAGCCACCAUGAUGACUACAAACGCGAAAGUACACUUGUCGGGGUCGAAAUCUCGCUACACGAGUCAUUGAACAGGGGUCGAGGGUCAUCGUGACUAGCUGCGAGUAGCCGUCAUAAAAAUACUUCUGACUCAUCGGGGCGGCGUCGAUUAUUGCUCACGCUUCACAACGUGGGCAUAUAUAGGAAUACACAAUUAAUGAGAUGCCGCCGCCGUUGUCGCUUUAAGACGCGUGCGCCUUGCGAAUAGUCGCGAUCGCGCUUGUGGCGAGAGUUCGCCGACAAACGGACGGACCACCGCCGGCUCCGGCUGGCUGGCAGGCUGGCGUGGUGCGGCACUCGGGCGUGGUUUUUCACGUCGUCGUGGUGUACUGCUGCUGCCGGCAGGCACGGAGCAGAAAGAGAGAACCGCCCUGAUCUGUCUCGACCGAUCCGCCGGGGUGUCGUCGGGCAACGACUAUCGGCGUGACUAGAAGAAUGUGCGCGUCGCCGGCCGAUCGUGUAGUCGCCAUUGUUUAAAUCCGUCGUGGGAGUUGAAUAGAAAGAAAGGAAGAAUUACAGGCAAAAGAGGGAUAGAUAUUCGGAAGAAGAAGAAGAGAUCGGCUUACAGUCGUCGGCGAUCGCGAGUUAAAUGGCACGUCGCGGCGCCGCGGUGACGUCACAAACGCCGCACCUGCAACGUCACAACGAGCCACCGAGACUGUCGUCCGACUGCACUAUGACGGCCGCGGAAGUGCAAUAUUAACGAAAAUGUCACCGGCAGUAAGCAAGAGCCGUUUCUGCGGGGACAUAAAAUGAAAUAUUAAAUAAUUCGAGCAAAGGAAUUAGUGCCAUGCAGACCCGUCUAGAUGGAAAGCUAGCGUUGCUGUAUACCUUGUUGGUCCUGCAAGUUCUCAUUGUUAUGAUCUAUGUGGCCACCACUCCGCCAUCCGAACUGGUUGUGUCGACUACUCGUGCGUCCGUCAGUUUCGUCAAGUUCGAGACGUCACAGGUAACCUACCAAGAAGUGCAGAUAACUCAAGGCAAUCGUAAGAAAUCACCAAUCUAUCAGACAAUCAAUGGAGAGAUAGUACUGAAGGACGUGAAGACUUUUAGAUUGUUCGAGAUAUACAAUCAUACCGUAUGCUGGAAAUUCGGGGUAGACGAGCGUAAGAUGAGAAACAACGAGCAUCUGGAAAGAUGUAUCUGCAAUCAAGGAUGGCACGGCUUGGACUGCGGACAGCCGGAGGUCGUGUGGAGGGCGAUCAUGGCGUCGAAGCAGAACAUCAGUCUGAAACGUCGCAGAGAGGCCAGACGUAUCAUCCACACGUUCUGCCUGAGCGAAUACAAUUCGGCGAUCGCCGAGGUGAUAGUGGAGGAACUCUACAACGUAGUGGACCUUUUUGUAAUAUGUGAUUUCAACAACGCCGAGGACAAUUUCCGGCACAAGCUGUCCAAGGGCCUGCUGCAGCGGCAGCAGAAAAAAAUUUUGUACGUCAACGUAGCGACCAAGUCCCGCAAACCGUCGAGGAUAGUGGCGAAAUACGUCUGGGACCGAGUGAAAGCCGUGGUGCAGAACUUAAGGGACGACGAUAUCUACGUGACGACGGAACCGGAGCAGAUACUGAAUUCCAGGGCAUUAAUGUUCCUCAAGAUGUACGACGGUUGGCCUCAGCCUAUAGGGUUUAGAUUAAGGUGGUCGGUAUACGGCUUCUUCUGGCAGCACCCGCUCAAGACAACGAUAAUGCUCGGCGCGUACACGAUCGGCCUGAUGCGAAACGCUUAUCAAUCCAACUCCGUCGUGUUGCGUCAACAGUUGGACGGGGACGCUAGUGAGAGAGAUAUUUUGGGAUUAGUCAUAGGGGAUCUGAAUCAUUACGGCGGCUGGUAUUGCUACCUGUGCCAAGCGCCCGCUAAUAUUAUUAUCGGUCUUCACAGUAAAAUCCAGUCCAAGGAAAUACGUAUAGAGAAGACCGUCGACGUGCCGUUCGUUGAGGACCUAAUAGGUAGCGGACUGUGGUUAGACGGUAAAAGCAAUCUCCUGAGGGUCUCGAAAUCAAGGGAUUCCUACUUCGCGCCUGAUACGAUUCUCAACAACACGUGGAAGUACGACUGGCUGGUAGAGAACUUCUACGCUAAAUUAGAUUACUACUAACGUACUGGUUACACCCGACUGUGAUAUUAACUCAUACUCGAUACACUAUGUACACCAUGUAAUAUUAUACUGGAUUUAUACACUAAAAUAUUACGUUGACGAAAUAUACAUGUUAAAUGGUUUAUACAUAUAA